GUUUCUCUGUCAAACCAUUUCCGCCACAUAUUUUCUCUUUCUGCCAUGAGAUUCAAGUGAAUCCAUUCGGGCUUGCAGCAUUUUUUGUGAAGCCUCUUGUUUAAUUACUCUUACUGUUGAUAUUGUUAAUGUGUACAGAAAUAGAUAGAUAUAUCCAAAAACAUGUGUUCUCCAUUCUGCGGAAUGAAUCAACUAAUGCUUCACCUUCACAACUCUCCAUCUAUGAAUUUAAACACCACAACCGAGAAGGAUGCUGUUCAAUGGGAUAUCUGGCUUCAUUUCAUUGCUCAUCUUGUUGCUUACAUUGCAGUCUUGGUAUUGAUCCUGAUAGCAAUAUUGAUGAUUUUAAAGUAUGUUUUGGAAAUUGACAUUGAUGACAACAACGAGGAUGAGAGGAGGCCUACAGAGACUAGUCCGUUGCGCAGUAUACAUAAUGUAGCAGCUGCUUUGGCACAUAGAACACGUGAAGAUCAUGAUCAUCAAGAUUUAGAAUCAGGAAAUUGUGAAAGUGAUGAUGAGUUGUAUGAGAGAAAGUUAUGUGUAAUCUGCUACGACAAGCAGCGAAAUUGCUUCUUCGUUCCCUGUGGCCAUUGUGCUACUUGCUGUGAGUGCGCUGAGAGGAUUUUCAAUGGAGAAAACAAGAAUUGUCCAGUUUGCCGGAGAUUGAUUGGCAAAGUGGGAAGACUGCCGGCUCCAUAGCAGCCUUGGAAUUUUGUUUUUUGUUUUUAUUUUUUUAUUAUUAUUAUUAUUAUUAUUUUUUUUUUUGAGAGAAUCUUCUUUUUGUCAAAGAUGAAUUUUUAAGAGGAGUGGAGUAGGAUAAUGGUGGAAUCUGGAUCACAAGCAAGUUGAACAAAUUCAUUUAUUUCAUGUACCUCUACUAGUUUAGUACUGUUUUUUUUUUCUAAUGCUCCGCAGGGGUAAGGUGCAAA